CCUAUAUAUCACUAAAACAAACACGAAAAGUAUAAAAURAGCUUUUGUUUAUUCUAUACCUUGCUCAUUUACCACCAAUUGAACAAGAUGUUAUGCUCUAAGCACUCUCCAUUUCUAUUUAUGGUCACAAUGAGUCUACUCUUAACACUGGCUACAUUAGAUAUCGCACAUGCUAUCUUCAACGAACAAGGCUACGGCCACAAAACAUUUGAAUCAACACGUUCCAUAGACUACCAUCUUUGUGGAGAUGAUAUUUACUUUGCGUUACGAUGGGUAUGUCACGCCUACGAUCGCAGAGGCAAGAGGGAAGUCAAAGUUGUGAGAACGAAAGCCAGUGAGUUCCUUAAAAGUCGACGGAGGCGGUCAGCAGCCUACAAUAUGGUUGAGGAAUGCUGUCUUGAAGGAUGUGAAUAUGAAGAAGUACAGGAAUAUUGUUGAUCCUAAGAAACAAAAUGAAUAAAUAUAUUUG